AAUCUGGGCGAUCUGUAGCUCUGACCACAAGCACAGUCGCAGCCUCCAGCAGGAGAUGCCAUGACCUUCACCUUCACAGCUCUGCUCUGUCUGGGUGAGACAUGGAUAGGUGGUGGUGAUGCUGUAUUCUGGGGUUGAUGCUGCCCCCACAGUCUAGCACUGGCCCAUCAGGAAACCCUAGUGUCUCCAGAGUUUCUGAAGAAGGAAGGACCUGUUCAAGCUUCAGGGACAAAAUUCUCACAGGGAACUCUCUUCCAGGACUGACUCUGGGCCAUGGGACACCAGUGCUGGCAGGGACCAUCCCUAAGCCUGUCCUCAGAGCACAGCCAGACUCUGUGGUGUCUGUACAGACCGCGGUAACCUUCUCGUGUGAGGGGACCACAGGUGCCCAAGAAUACACUCUCUAUAAAGAUGGAUACAAAUAUUUAAGGCACACAGAGAUUUCACAGAAUCCUAAGAACAAGGCUGAAUUCUCAAUCCCAAGCAUACACCACCAGCACGCGGGGCGAUAUCACUGCCACUAUCGGACUCAUGAUGAAUGGUCAGAAUACAGUGACACCUUGGAGCUGGCCGUUACAGGGGCCUACAGUAAACCCAGUCUGUCAGCCCAGCUCAACCCUAUGGUGACAGAAGGAGGAAAUGUCACCCUCCAGUGUGUCUCAAGGCAACGACAUCACGGGUUCAUUCUGACUAAGGAAGGACCACAGAAGCAAUCCUGGGCACUGGACUCACAGUAUAACUACUCUACUCGGCAGUACCAGGCUCUGUUCAAUCUAGGCCCUGUGACCUCCAGCCAGAGGUGGACAUUCAGAUGCUACAGCUUUAAAAAGUACAGCCCACUGGUGUGGUCAGAACCUAGUGACCCCCUGGAGCUCCUGGUCUCAGGGGACCUUAACAAACCUGCUAUUAAGGUUGAACCAGGCUCUGUGAUCUCCUCAGGAAGCCCCAUGACAAUCUGGUGUCAGGGGUUCAUGAGUGCUGAAAUGUGUGUUCCAAAUAAAGAAGGAAGCCCAAAACCCUGGGAAACACAGUCCCCAGAAAAGCCUGAGAACAAUGCCAAGCUCUCCAUUCCUUCUGUGACACAGCAAUUUGCAGGGAAAUAUCACUGUUAUUGUUACAGCUCAGCUGGCUGGUCAGAGCCCAGUGACUCCCUGGAACUGGUGGUGACAGGAAUCUACAACACUAAACCCCACCUGACAGCAAUGCCCAGCCUUGUGGUGACCUCAGGAGGAAACAUGACUCUCCAGUGUGUCUCAUGGGUGGGAUAUGACAAGUUCAUUCUCACUAAAGGAGAUCAGAGAUUCUCCAGCUCCCUGAACUCUCAGUAUAUACACAGUAUUAGGCAGUACCAAGCCUAUUUCUCUAUAGCUCAUAUGACCCCAGAUAAUACAGGGACAUUCUACUGCUAUGGUUACUACAAGCAAAGCCCACAGCUGUGGUCAGUACCAAGUGAGCCUCUGGAAAUACACAUCUCAGGCAUGUCCAAGAAGCCCUCUCUGCUGACUCACCAAGGUCAUAUCCUGAACCCUGGAAAGAGCCUCACCCUGCAGUGUUGCUCUGAUAUCAACUAUGACAGAUUUGCUCUGUACAAGGUGGGAGAAACAGAAUUCACCCAAGAGUAUGGCCAGAGGACCCAGGCUGGCCUCUCCUUGAUCAACUUCACACUGGGUUCUGUGAGCAGCUCUGUGGGAGCUCAAUACAGAUGCUAUGGUGCACACAACCUCUCCUCUGAGUGGUCAGCCUCCAGUGAUCCCCUGGACAUCAUGAUCACAGAACAGCUUUCUUUCACCCCUUCCCUCUCAGUGAAGCCUAACUCAACAGCACACUCAGGAGACAACGUCACCCUGCUGUGUCAGUCAACAUACAAAGCGGACACUUUCAUUCUUUCCAAGGAGGGAGCAACACACCAACCCCAGCGAAUGAGAUCUAAGUUCCAAGAUUGGGAGUUCCAAGCAGAAUUCUCCAUGAGUGCUGUGACCACUGUGCUCUCAGGCACCUACAGGUGCUAUGGUUCUUGGGACUCAUCUCCGCACCUGCUGUCACAUGGCAGUGCCCCUGUGGAGCUCAUUGUCUCAGGACACGUUAGAGCCUCCAGUUUGCCACCCUCAAGGCCUACACCAACAGUUGCCUCAGAGAACAAGGAUCACACAGUGGAGAAUUUCAUCAGGAUUGGGAUUGCAGUUCUGGUCCUCAUAGUCCUUGGGAUUCUAGUAUUGGAGGCUUGGGUCUGCCAGAGAAAUGCCCACCAUGCAGCUGAGAAGUAAUCAGAAGAGAAAUAAGUACAUCUCUCAAGGUUCCAGAGUCUGGCAAAUAGAUCUUAUGAUCCAACAUUCUCUAAGAAAAUGCAGUUCUUACAUUGAGGAACUGGUAUGAGAGAAUAUCCAGUGAGCCAGUGUGAUUUGGGGGCAGAGGAAUAUGUGAUAUUUUUGUGAUAAGAUACUUCAUUAGCAAAGGGAUUUAUAUCCUUCCAAUUUCUAUGGGAAUUUGCUGAUGAGCCAACUUUUCUCUGGGUCUAUAAAGUAAGGAAAUAUGUUAUCCCAUCUGUAUGGCUUGGGUGCCCAUUUCUGUACAUUUUUCUUUCCCUCCAUCUCAUCUUUAUUUUUCCAUUUUUAUGAACUGCAACAUUCUCUAUAGCAGAAGCCACUAGAAAAAAAGAAGUUGCAUGAAAACAAAAAUGAUGAAUAAAGUCAGAGCCCAGAAUUAAAGUCACUCUGCCUAUGAUGCGUCAAACCGUUCAUUAUGUACAAUCAAACUAUCAGUCUUUAACAUGUAUAUUCUUCAUGGAGUUUCUCUUUAAAUACAAAGCCAAUGUCACCACAGUUGGUGGUAUAAGGACUAUCUGUCAAUGAAUAUGGACAUAACUUUAAAAGUGUUUUCUUAACACAAAGUCCUGAUUAUGGUACUUUAUGACCAUUCUAUAUAACCCCAUAAAACACACCUUCACAACAGCAAUGUAACAUCACAGGUGUGACGUGGGGAGUAUUGCAUGAAACUGAUGCGUUUUUUCAUUCCAUUCUCCAUUGCCUAAUUUUCAUAUAUGCAAAAGAAGUUGACAUGCUUAUCAAUAACCUUCCUAGGAUGGCUUAACAUACAGUGAUUUGUAGUUUCUACAUAGACUAUCAUAUUGUCUUAAGAAAAUGAUAUAUUAUUUAUUUAAUUCUAUCUCACUUUUUGCCUAUACUUGAAAUGCUCUUUUACUUUACAUCUGUUUAUGUACUAGCUAAGUGUUCAAGUACAAAGCAGAAGGUGUGUGAAGAGAGAAGGGUCUGUUACCUUCUUCAGGAUUUAGUGCAAAAUUACUGCUUUCUCGCCAUUCAGUAUGAUGUGAAAUUUGUUGUUUGGGUACAUGAGCUUAUUGUGAUCCUGGAGGUCCUCUGUUCCUAAUUUUCUAUAGUGUCCAUGAUGAAUGGCUGUGGGACAUGAACAAAUGGUAAUUCUUCAGCAAAAAUUAUCUCCAUUACGUGUGUUUUUUAUUGUAAGCUUGUUCCCAACAUCAAUAAAACAUGGUUUGGAUUUUGAAUGGGAUUUACAUGCCUGAAUAAAGUUUCACUUUUUAAGAA